CGGUCCACCACCUCCUCUUCUCGCCUGUGCCUUUUGCCCCUGUGCUCGCCACACGCGGCGCAACCGCCCACCCACCCAGCCAGGAGAAGAAGAUCUCCGUCGCCUGCUCUUCGCUUCGCUUCGAAUCGGAGGUGUCGAGUAGCCAGUGGUGUCCCUAUGGAUUCAGCUUUUAGAAGAGCUCUCAAUGAGCCUAUGUGCUUGGAAGAAACCGUCGUCCAACAAGGAAUUGAAAGGUGCCCAUUCCUGAGGAACAUCAAUGAGCCUACAAGUUUUUCCUUCUCGUCCGUCAACUUCCCUAUUCCCGCAAGAGGAGCCAAGGGACCGAUUUUCGAAGAUGGGCCUAAUUUUGACAUGGCAUUUCGAGUUUUCCAUGGUAGAGAUGGGGUUGUUCCACUUUCAGAAGGGUCAUUGGCCCAGAUUGAGAAGCCACUGCCAAAGCCCAAUCCUGAGUUCAACCCAUUGGCAGCCAAAGCAGCAACCAUCAGUCUAUCUGCAUUUGGAGGGUUUUUCAGCUUUGGUGACUUCUCAAAUAAGCGCAAUAAGAAAAACUCCAACAAGAAGAACCCCAACAACCUCCCCCAGAAUAAAGGCCAGCCUAACAAUAACAACCAUGAAGCACUGAGCAACGAGUGGCUGGAGAUGGGCCAAUGUCCACUUGCGAAAUCUUAUAGGGCAUUAAGUGGAAUUGUGCCACUUGUCGCAAAGAUGAUGACACCCCCAGCUGGUAUGAAACUUAAGUGCCCACCUGCCGUGGUUGCUGCCCGCGCAGCACUAUCCCGCACAGCCUUUGCUAAGGGGCUUCGCCCUCAGCCCCUGCCAACAAAAAUACUGGUGAUUGCAUUGCUUGGUAUGGCAGCAAAUGUUCCUCUGGGCAUCUGGAGGGAGCACACACAGAAGUUUUCAUUGCAGUGGUUUGCCGCAGUACAUGCUGCAGUGCCGUUCAUAGGGAUGCUCAGGAAAUCUGUGCUGAUGCCUAAGACAGCCAUGGCCCUUACUAUAGCCGCCUCGAUAUUGGGUCAGACAAUCGGGUCAAGAGCUGAACGUAUCAGACUGAAGAGGGCCGCGGCAGCAAAAUUAGCAAGAGAGAGCCAUGGUGACGCUGCUGACUACAUCAAAGCACCAAUGAGUCUGAAAACAGGGAACCACACUGUUCAGUUUUGGGAUCCGCUUUCCCUCAGAGCUGAAAGCACAGUGGCUGCAGGUACCACAGCAGUUCUUGUCCCUGCCAUUUCUGCUUUCAACUGAUGACAGGAAUGGAUUCAUUACGAUUGUACCAGCAUCGCUGGUUGGUGUAUUCUUUUUUUUCUCCUAUUCUAAAUAAUCUGAUUGUUGUAUCCAUUACUGUACUUUUGAGCUUAAGAAAGAAAUACUUCACGGCAAACUCUUCAUCCUGUUUUGGUGGCCACAUGACAGCGAAUAAAUUAGAGAACACGUUGAGCUGAG